CUCAGUAAUGGCGUAAAGCCAUAGGAAUUAUCAAAUACCGCCUGCAACUUCGUGCUCGGCGUCUCGGAUGUGUGACUGAAUCCAAGCAAGACGGCGUUUAUCAUAGCCAGCACGAAGGUCCACACAACUGCACUGCAUACUUUAACCUCAAGUUGCUCAGGCCACGUCAGAACAGCGAGUCCUUGAGCGCAAGCAGACGGAAAUUCCUUGGCGCUGUUCGAUUACCUUCUGCCGGCAUCCUGGUAUAGAUACGGCACGCUACUACCUCUGAGACUAGGUCGCUUUGUAUCGCCAAGGUCUCUGGAGUAUUGAAAGCGGUCCGGAAGCUAUGCGCCGAUGGAACUGCUGGGCGCUGGCCGCCUUUGUGGCGAUGACAUGUUUUACGACGUGCCAUGGCCACGGCUUCCUUGCCGAGCCUCUGUCGCGCAACAUGUACUCGCGCAUCUAUGACGCCAACCCCGACUACACGCCCAACCAGCUUAGCGCGGGCGGCGUCGGCGCGGUGAGCGGUAGCUUCACGCGGCUGUGGCCCAACGGUCUGUACAGCGUGUGUGGUAACGCCUACAACGACCCCGAGCCCAAGCGCUGGAUGCAGCCCCGCCCCGUGCAGGCCACCUACACCGAGGGCUCCGUGAUUGAGAUCUCUGUCAGUAUCACCGCGGACCACAAGGGCCGUUUCGCCUUCCGCCUGUGCCCCACCACCGCCGUCACGGAGGCCUGCCUUGACGGGCACUGGCUCACCCGCGCGGACACAGUGCGCCCCGGAGACCGCUACUGGUACCUGACCGCCAAGUCUGACGGCAGCGCGCGUGUGUACACCCGCACCACUUCUGCAUUCACGGCCCCCACCUACGGCCUACGCUACCGCCUGCCACCCGGCGUCACCUGCGACAACUGCGUGCUGCAGUGGUGGUACGCCACGGGCAACUCAUGCGCGCUGCCGUGUGUGGAGGAGGACCCCGACUGGAACCCGGCAGCCGGCCCCACCUCGUGCGACACGCUGAACCAGGGCAUCUGCGGCACCAGCACCUCGGUCUACCCGGAGGAAUUCUGGAACUGCGCCGACAUCGCCAUCGUGGCUGCCAACGGCACCAGCGGCACCACGAGCAGCCCCUCGCCCUCCCCGAGCCCGGUCGUUGCCGCCACGCCCUCCCCCUCCCCCUCCCCCUCCCCUUCUCCCAGCCCCGUCGCCGCCACCCCCUCCCCCAGCCCCGCUGCCUCGGGCCCCUGCUCCACCACUGGCUACUGCUCCGGCAAGGCCGACGGCCUCUACGCCAACCCCUGCGACGGCACGUGCACCACCUACAUGAGCUGCUCCCACGGCAUUACCUACGUCCAGAGCUGCGGCGGUGGCCUCGUCUUCAACCCUACCUACAACUACUGCGACUGGGCUUAUAACUACAGAUGCCCGGCUGUCAGCGGUGUCAACAGCAGCCCCAGCCCCGCGCCGUCGCCCUCCCCCGUCGCGACUCCCUCGCCUUCGCCCAGCCCUAGCCCGUCCCCGUCUCCGUCGCCCUCGCCCUCCCCCAGCCCCCGCCCCUCCCCUUCCCCCUCUGCCACUUCCAGCCCCACCCCCUCCCCCAGCCCCGCUGCCUCGGGCCCCUGCUCCACCACUGGCUACUGCUCCGGCAAGGCCGAUGGGCUUUACGCCAACCCCUGCGACGGCACGUGCACCACCUACAUGAGCUGCUCCCACGGCAUCACCUACGUCCAGAGCUGCGGCGGUGGCCUCGUCUUCAACCCCACCUACAAGUAUUGCGACUGGGCAUACAACUACAGGUGCCCGGCUGUCAGCGGCGGCACCAGCAGCCCCAGCCCCGCGCCUUCCGCCACUCCCUCUCCUUCCGCCACCCCUUCCCCUUCCGCCACGCCCUCCCCGUCCGCCACCCCUUCCCUUUCCCCAGCCGCCACUCCCUCGCCAUCACCUUCCCCUUCUGCCACUCCCUCGCCCUCGCCCAGCCCUAGUGGCAACACCAGCGGCCCCAGCGGCACCAGCGGCUACAAGGUGGUGGGCUACCUGGAGAACUGGCGCUGGUACUCCAACCCCAACACGCAGCCGCCCAGCCUCACGGCACACACGCCCAAGCUGACCCACAUCAACUACGCCUUCGCCUCCGUGUCUUACUCGCCCGCAUUGGACAGCUACUACCUCGACUUCACAGACACCUGGGCCGACAUCGGCGCCUGCCUCACCGGCAGCUGCCCCUCGACCUGCAUCGCACUCAACGCCACCUGCCCCGGCUCCAACCUGGCGCUGGCCCCCACCACCAAGACCGCCUCGCCCGCCGCCUGCCCCACCGGCUGCUACAACCCCAGCGGCAGCAGCGGCUACCCGCGCCGAUGCAACACCGUGGCCCCCGACAUGAGCACGCCGCUGCGCGCCUGCGGCCACUACGCCUACGUGCAGCAGUUCAUCAAGAACAGCGCUCCUAGCGUGCGCGUGCUCAUCUCCGUCGGAGGCUGGUACGACAGCAACCUGUUCUCGUUGGCAGCUUUGCCCAAGUACCGCACCCGUUUCGUUGACUCGGUGUUUGACUUCCUUGACACGUUCGGGUUCGACGGUGUGGAUAUUGACUGGGAGUACCCUGGAUUCGAGCACGGCGGCCAACCGCCGUACGGCAUGACCGAUACCGGCAGCGCCGACGAUGUACGGGACUGUACCGCUGCCGGCGCCUGCACCUACACUGGCCGUACGGCCGACGGAUCUAACUUCGUGGGCCUGCUGAAUGAGCUGCGCUCGCGAAUCCCGGCGCGUCGCAGCCAGCGCGGCGAGCCCUACCUCGUCACCAUGGCUGGCCCCGGUGGCAGUGACAAACUGAACAAGUUUGACGCGGCUGCGGUUUGCUCGGCCCUGGACUGGGUCAACAUCAUGACUUACGACCUGGCGGGGCCGUGGGACUCGGUCACCGGCCACCAGUCCGCGCUGGCGGGCUCCGGCGCCCUCUCCAUCUCCAACAUCGUGCAACAGUACAUCUCGCGUGGCUGCCCCGCAAGCAAGUUGGUCGUGGGCGUGCCCUUCUACGGCCGCACCUUUAAGGGUGUGGCGCCCGGCGCCAACACCGCCCUGCCAGGCCUGGGCCAGCCCUUCUCCGUCUCGCUCACAAACCAGCUGGGGGCCACCGAGGGCAUGCCGACCCAGAUCAACGUCGCCGCCAAAGGCUUCCGUACGUACUUUGACACCGCCAGUAAUGCCUCGUACGCGUAUGACAGCGCCAGUCAGACCUUCAUCACAUACGACAAUGAGGCGGCGGUUAGCGCCAAGGCGGAUUACGUAAAGCGCCUGGGCUUGGGCGGCGUCAUGGCCUGGGCGCUGGGCCAGGAAACUGCGACGCUGUGGAGUGCGCUCACCAGCGGCCUGUGAUAGGUGAAAUGAUAUGAGGCCACACUCGAGGUGAUGGUUUGUUACAUGGUUUUGAGUAUGGCGGGCGGGAACAUUCAUCACGCAGCGGCCCAGCACUGAUUGGUGAAGAGGACUUGAUUGCAUGCGGAACACAGACAGAGCAGGCAGUUUUGCAUGGUUUGCACUGCUUGGCAUGGGCAAUCAAUCAUUCGGGAUAGUAGGCAUGCGGACUUGGCUUAUAUGUGUGUGGAAGGACUGAGAAGAGCGAGAUACGCAUAAAGUGCACCCCUGGUGCACUGCAAGACUGCGCAGGUGUCAGCCCGGUGGUAACCGGAAAUAAUGAAAUAUGUAUCUCGUGCAGGUCGUGUGUGUGUGUGUGUGUGUUUGUGUGGUUUUCUUGUGUCCAUACAUGUACAUAUGAUAUAUGGCACUACAUAAACCUUUCAUAUUCAUGAUUCAUGGGAUGGAGACAACAUCGAUGCAGGUGGGGCUCGAGGUUUAGGUGCGCGCUGAGCGAGCGAGUGGACAUGUUCAGGGAGCAUGGAGUGUGGCUGGGUUUGAAUGCGGUGCCGUGUUUCGCCCCACGGCGAUUCAGGAUCCCUACGCUCUCUGAAUAUCUUGUCAUGGCGUUUUGUUGGCUGGGGCUUGCGAGGCAUCUUGUGGAAGGAUGGAGGUGUGUGGCGACCAGUGGGAGGCCUUCCUCGGGUUGGCUCCUCUCAAGCUGGUCACCUGCACGGUAGGCGUGUUGAUGCAAGCCUUAAAAAGUAAGUCGCAGGCAGUAGCACAUGAGUGAAUGUUGUGUUGAGUAAUAUUGGCCCCUGUAAUGCAGACACGCC